AUGGCCGACGACCCGCACAACACGAGCGACAUCUCGGACCAAGUCGAGGCAGGCGCUGCUAAGGAAGAUGCCGAGACCACGGCGACGAGAAGAGAGCUGAAGCAGACGUCCAUUUCUGAAAAGGCGGGGCAGCUAUCGACCUCUCAAGACGACAAGAGCGCCUCUGACGAUGAUGAUGCGCCCAAAGAUAAGACGACUACUGCCGGCGCUCGCAAGGUCACGCCGCCAGUGGCCCUUGGUGUCCCAAGCGACGAAACACUGGCCGAGCAGAUCUCGUCCCCCAAGAAGAAGCGAGCGCAUGCCGAGUUGGACGAGAACAAGGAUGUGGCCGAGGCUCCUUUGGAAGGGGAAGGGUCUGCCGCGAACGACAGCAAGAACAACACAGCUGUGACGCUCAACCGUACAAACCGAUCCGAGCCCGAGAAGAAGAGACCACGGGAUCGCCAGGCCAGCGCGUCUGCUGUCAAGAGCGGACAGGAAGAAGAGCCGUUGUCGGCGAGUGCCUCCCCACGAUCGAGCAUGGAGGAGCUGGCUAAGAGCCGACCUGCCAACACGGCUACCGUGCGUUCACCGAUCGAUAAGCCGCAAACUACCUCGACGUCUGCUUUUGCCUCGUCAGGAUUUGCCAAGCUGGGAGCAUCGUCUGCUUCGCCGUUUGCGGCUGCGUCAGGAGCCUCGCCAUUUGCGUCUGCUGGUGCUGGGAAGCCGAGUGUGUUUGGAUCGGCUGGGACGGCUGCGUCUUUCGGGAGCGUUCUUGGUGGAUCUACACCCGCUGCUCCGGCCAAAUUGAACUUUAGCUCGACCUCGACGGCGUCACCUUUUGCGUCGGCGCUUAACGGACAGACUGGCGGGGGGUCGGUGUUCAAGUCGAGUCCUUUUGGAAGUGCCUUUGGUGGUGCUAGCGCUUUGUCUGGUGGCGGUGCUCGGUUGACCAACUUUGGCAAGCCUGGUGAGGCCCUUAAGAGUGGCAAGCCGGCCAAGCCUUUUGGUGCGCCAGAAAGUAACGCGGAGGAGAGCGAGAAGGACGAGGACGGCGAGGAGGAGAAUGGGGAGGGUGCUGUUGCUGAUGGGGAGGAGGAGAACAAGGAUGAUGAGAAGGAAGAGAGUGAGAGGAAGAGGUUGAAGCUACAUAAGAUCGUGGUCGACGAUGGCGAGAGCUCAGAGGUCACACUCUUCUCCCAACGCGCCAAGAUGUAUGUUAUGGAAAAGGGAGUUGGGUGGAAAGAGAGAGGUGCCGGCAUGCUCAAGGUCAAUGUGCCAAGAGCGACGGUCGAGUUUGAAAACGACGGCUCCCCAGACGCGACCAGCUUUGACGCCUCGGUGUUGGAAGACAAAGACUACAGCGGACCUAAGAACGUACGCUUGAUCAUGCGCCAGGACCACACCCUGAGGGUCAUUCUCAACACGAUUGUGCUGCCAGCGAUGCAGUUCAAGAUUGAGAAGAAGCUCAAGGCGGCGACGGUGUUGUUCACGGCAUUUGAGAAUGGAGAGGCGCAGUUGGUACAGAUGAAGCUCAGUAACGCCAACGCGGAUCUGUUCUCGGACCUGGUGGAAAUGCUAAAGAAGGGCCUUGCAGACGUCUGA